CUCUCAUCUUUGGCCCCCUAAUUUGGCCCCCAUAUCUGGCCUCUACAGGUCAGGUGUGCGGACAACGCGCUGAUUUGGAGUGGAGAAUGGUGUCUUGCGACAUUCGAAAUAUUUUCGAGCGCUGCAGCUCCAGGGUCAGCCCUCUCCCGGAUAGAAGUUGAAUCAACAACACUUCCCAACACCAACUCUCCAGAAUUAGUCUGCGAUAAGCAGUUCCAUUCUGGUUUAUUAUUCUCCGCUUAUCCUUCGCCGGCAACCGGAAGGAGCUAGACGUACUUCUCUUCUCUUCACGCGUGCGGUUCCUUUCAUGUUCCCCACAAAAUGAGCGGCGCCACGACAGCCAAACCGCAGACCACCGGCAGCACCGCCGCGCCGAAGAAGCUCUCCGGCAUUGACCUCUACUCGCGUUUCGCCUUGGCGGGUGCAGUCUGCUGUUCUGUCACACACGGAGGCCUCACUCCUGUCGAUGUCGUUAAGACCCGUAUCCAGCUCGACCCAGUCACCUACAACCGUGGGCUGAUUGGUGGCUUCCGCCAGGUCAUCCAGAACGAGGGUGCUGGCGCCCUUCUUACCGGGGCCGGUCCUACCUUUGCGGGCUACUUCCUGCAGGGGGCUUUGAAGUUUGGUGGUUAUGAGUUCUUUAAGCAGCAAUCUAUCAAUGUGAUCGGCGAGGAGAACGCGAAGAACAACCGCAUCGCAGUCUAUUGUAUCUCGUCCGGCUCAGCUGAGUUCUUUGCCGACAUUGCCCUCUGCCCGCUCGAGGCCACCCGCAUCCGAUUGGUGUCUACGCCUAGACUUCGCUAAUGGUCUUGUCUCCGGUUUUACCAAAAUUGCCCGCCAGGAGGGAGUCGGCGCUUUCUACUCUGG